GAAAGUAAUAUAUAUAAAGAUUCAAUUUACUAUUUUGUAUUUCUUUAGAUUAACUAGAAAAUGGACAUGUAAUGACUUCUGCAGUUAAAAGACACCUGAGGGACAUGGACAGCAGUAAUCACAUUGUGGUGACCUAUUUCCAAUUUUUACCUUUCUCCAGCAUUCCAGAGAUCCAAGGUUCUCUCUUUUGUCUGUUACUGUUCAUGUACCUCAGUACUUUGGUGGGAAACAUCCUCAUCAUCACAAUCACUAUGGUAGAUACUGCCCUUCACUCUCCCAUGUAUUUUUUCCUUAAGAACUUUUCCUUCCUGGAGAUUGGCUAUAACAUCCACAUCCCCAAUAUGCUAGUGAACUUUCUCACAAAGAGGAAGAACAUAUCCUUUCUGGGCUAUGCCACACAGAUGUAUGCCUUCUCCCUCCUCGGGAUCACAGAAUGAUGUUUGCUGGCUGCCAUGGCCUACGACCACUAUGUGGCCAUAUGCCACCCUCUGCAUUACAUGACCAUGAUGAGCUGGAACACGUGCUUCUUGCUUUCAUCUGUGCCUUGGCUUACUGGGGUCUUGGUGGCCUUAGUGCAGACAACUUUCAUCUUUACCCUUCCGUACUGUGGUCCCAAAGGGAUCAGUCACUUCUUCUGUGACCUGCUGCCUCUGCUUAAGUUGGCUUGUGUGACCACCUGCAAAAAUGAAAUCACCACCUACAUAAUAGCUGUCCUUUUCAUCAUAGUCCUCUUCUUAUUCAUAGUUGUGUCAUAUGUCCAGAUUCUCCACACCAUCUUCAAGAUACCAUCAGUGAAGGGCAAGGGAAAAGCAUUCUCUACCUGCUUUUCUCACCUAGUCAUGGUUACUCUGUUUUACGGACCUGGCAUUGUGACCUACUUGAGACCCAAAGCUUCUUAUUCAAGCAGCAGUAGCAAAUUGCUUUCUCUUUCUUACACACUGUUGUCUCCAGUGAUGAACCCCUUGAUUUACAGCUUGAGGAACAAAGAGGUGAAACAAGCCUUUUAA